AUGGCAGCGGUAUCUGUAGUAGUCAGCCCUGGGAAAGAGCAUGCCAAGGUUGUGGUUCAUCUGCAAACAAGACCGGGUUUCCCGGACGACCGCAGGGUUGGAGGGGGCACUGUUACUGGCCCCAGAGACCACCUGUUGUCCGUAGAUCAGAUUCGAUUGGUCAAGGAGGCCAGAGGACCGCCCACAUCCCUGGGAAGAGUUCCAGGCAGUGAGCUCUGUGCUCUCGUCUGCGUCCCUGACUGGGUAGUGAGAGUAAACAUGAAGGGUCCCUGCAAGGAGGUUCAGAAGAAUGAAGAUCAAGAGGGAGAAGCUGCGGCCACUGGGCCUCAGGCGGAGACCCUGGAGGCCAAGAAGUCCUGGACUGCAAAUUCACACUCUGCUCUGGAAACAGAAGGCACCCAUGGGCUUGGAGAACGGGUCAUGGCUGACCUCUAUCUGGAGUCUUGCCGGGCCAAUAGUGUUGUGCCCGUUUCUCGUCUUCUGCGCCAAGGGAGCGCCUCCGAACUGAAUCUUCAGCACCGUGGCCUGGGGCCCCAGGGGAUCCGGGCUUUGGCUUCCACACUGACCUCUAAUCUCUACAUCAAGCGCCUGGAUCUCCGGGACAAUGAGCUCGGUGGUGCUGGAGCAGAGGCUCUGGCUGACGUCCUUCGUAAGAACAGCGUUAUCUCUGAUGUGGACCUGUCAGAGAAUCAGAUUGGAGCUGCAGGGCUCCAGGCCAUCUGCACUGCCCUCACCUUAAACCCAACUGUUCAGAAGAUGCAGCUGCAAGGGAACAGGCUGGAGGAAAAGGCAGCCCAGCACCUCGCUGCUCUUCUGCUGCGUCACACUGGCCUGAAAUCUCUAGACCUCAGCUAUAAUCAGCUCAAUGACCUGGCAGGAGAGACACUUGGACCUGCGGUGGCAGAAAACACCGGACUCACAGAGCUUAACCUGAGUUGGAAUCACCUUCGAGGCCUGGGAGCCAUUGCAUUUGCUAGAGGCCUGGAGGCAAAUAUAUUCUUGAAGGUCCUAGACAUCUCUCACAAUGGCUUUGGAGACUCUGGCGCCUGUGCGGUAGGCGAGGCCCUCAGGGUCAACAAUGUGUUAGAAGAAUUAAAUAUGAGAAACAACCGCAUCUCCACGUCAGGAGCCCUGAAGUUGGGGUUGGGUCUUCAAGUCAACCAAACACUUCGGGUUCUGAUUAUUUCCAAGAAUCCUAUUUGCAGCGAUGGCUGUGUCGGCCUCCUUAAGUCUGUCCGGAGCAACAAAUCGUCUGGCCUAGAACUACUGGAUGUGUCUGGUAUCCAAGUAAGCAGAGAGUGCGAUGAGCUCGCCAGCUCCAUGAGCGAAGCUUUUCCAGGACUCUGUAUAAAGCACUGCACUUCCAGAAGAAAAGACUGGCCACAAGCCACCAUCCCAGCUGUCAUCUGCACCAAGUGGCUCUAGUCUCACCUCUAAUACGCAACUUUAACAUUCACAUUGCUGCCCGUUCAGUAUGUGUACCAACACGUGUAUCUUCCUUUCUGCUCUCUGGCAUCGUCCAUCAUCUGGCUUCAUUUGCUGUGGUUCAUUUCAUUCAACCAAAAUCUGCCCAUGAACAACGCUGAACACAAGGUUAACGAUGUCUGUAUCAUCCAGAGGUUCAUGUUCCGAUGACCCUGUUAAACAAAACAUAAAGGAGAUGUGCAAAUGGAAUCCCCAAGCUCUUCUCGAAAGAAGACAAACUGCCACAACCCAUUGGAAAGCAACUGAUCGUUACAUUCCGAGUUCUAAAGUCACCCAUGGGCUUCAGUCAAGUCAACUCACUAAUUCGCUCUACAGAAACAACCGGAGCUGCAUAGAAGCUACUGCUGAUUGGCCAGGGUGUAUGACUCAGGAGUGUUUGCCUGGCAUACAGGAAACUCUUGGUUGAUUCUGCACCAUCGUAUAAAGAAGCAUGAUGAUGUGUGCCUGUAAUUCUAGCACACCAUAAGUGUCUCAAUAUGUAUGUGUGUGUAUAGACAGACAGACAGACAGACAGACAGUCAGAUAGAUAGGUAGGUAGAUAGAUAGAUAGAUAGAUAGAUAGAUAGAUAGAUAGAUAGGUAGGUAGAUAGAUAGAUAGAUAGAUAGAUAGAUAGAUAGAUAGAUAGAUAGAUAGAUAGAGUUGGUGACACAUGCUUGUUACUCUGGCCCUUUGGAGACUGAGUCAGAAGAAGCAUGGUGACUUAAGACCAGACAGGGGUAUAUGUAGCAAGAUCCUGUAGAAAAGAGAUCUAGCCACAUACUUUGUCUCCAAAUGUCUAUUUCACCAAUUUUCCAAUCAUGCUCUUUCCAAGUCCCUGACAAUCCAGCCAGUCCCAUUGGCUACAGUCCAUGAGUCAAUGAACAAUCAUACACCUGGCCACUUCUUGCAAACAAAACAAAUGGCCACGCGUACUGCCCCAAAUUCUGUUUACUGUGAAGACUUUGCUUCUCCAGUGUCUCUCAUAACUGUCUCAGAAAGGGGUUGAAAUGCUACAGCUCUUCACUCCUGAGUGAUGCCUGCUUAAACCUUCCUCAGUUAAUUGGUCAUGUGCACGCCUCAUGAGGCUGCAGAUAACUGCUUGAGAGAAGACAGCAUUGUAACAGGAACAGAAACCGUAGGUGUUUAGGCAACCCCUGAAAGCAACUUGCUUGUGCCCUAAGACCUCCUUGGGCCUUAUCAUUCCUCUGUGUGUGUGUGUGUGUGUGUGUGUGUGUGUGUGUGUGUAUCACUUUCAGUUGAUAAUGGAUUGCUGCUGUGCAUGUCCUAUUUUUAUGGUUUGGUUGGUCAGGUCAGAUAAUCCUCAGAUCAUAAUGGGAACUUCAUGACCGCAAGUCCAAAGUAGUUACUACCUUCUGCUUACUUGUUAGGCUGCAUACUGUUGUCAAAAAAAGUGAACCACUGUGAUAUUUUGUGGAACAGACAGAUGACCAAGAAACCUUCAAAUAAAGUCAUGGCACAGAGCUAGAGGGUUAAUAUAUCCUUGAAGUAAAGCUGUAAAUGUAUACCGCUGUCAUUGUCAAGUGACCGCAGAUCCCUUCUGGUGGUCCUUAUGGGCAGGCACCAAGGAAAGGUCAUUGGCUAGAUCAAUAGCUGCAUUCCAUGUGCCAGGAGAUGUGUUCAUCUGCUCAAGUAAGGGCAGCACAUCUGGUACAGCAGCUGCAGUCAGUCACUGCUUGAUGGAGUUUGCAAUCCUCAACUGUCAUUUUGCAUGAUCCAUCUGUCUUCUGCCCUGGACAUAUAGGAGAGUGGCAUAGAGGGGUUGGGAAUUUAGCUCAGUGGUAGAGCACUUGCCUAGCAAGCGCAAGGCCCUGGGUUCGGUCCCCAGCUCUGAAAAAAAAAAAAGAGAAAAAAAAAGGAGAGUGGCAUAGAGAUGUGGUGGCACUUUUCAAGUCCUUGAGAGUGGCACAGAGUUCUGCCAUUCCUCCUGAGACAUGAUACUGUCUUUAAUUCACUGUGUUCACUGGCAGAGGCAACUCCAGAGGCUUCCAUUUGGCCUUCCCAACCAUAAUAACUGUCACUCCACAGGUCAGGGAAUCAAUGUGACAAUAAUGCCAACCAACUUCUAAGUCUGUCCAUCCCAAUUAUACAUUCUGGAACUGGAAAAAUAACUACAGGACUGAGUUCCUGGACUUCAGUCAAAUCUCCACAAAUAACCUGACCUCCUGAGGCUUGACCUGGUAGAAAGUAGGUGGGUUAUAGAAUUCCUGUGAAGGACCCUAAGGGCUUUCGCCAGCCUUACAGGUCAAGAUUAGGCCAAGUACAAGCUUCCCACCUUGGAAGUUCCAUUCUCCACCUACAGUUCUCAGGAGGAGCAGGGACAUUCUUGAAAAAGCACAGAAUGUACCAAAUGAUAGUCACCUGACCCUCUGGUCCUAGAUAGAGUUCAAAUGCAUGCCAUAUGCUUGCUAGCCAAUAGACUUAACGGUCAAUAUGCUCAGCCAGUAAGUUUAAACUGUAACCUUGCUGAUGUAACCUGUACCCAUAAAAAGUAUAAAAACUGCUUGUUAUAGCCAUUCAGGGUCACCUUCUAGUCACUUGCCAUGAGGGGCUGAUUGAAGGUCGACCCUGACGUGCUGUAAAAUAAACCUCUUGCAUUUGCACUGAA